AAGUGAUUGACCAAAUCAAGGCAGAGGUAGAUAAAGUUUGUGGAUGCUCUGUUGUCUCUUGUGCUGAUAUCUUAGCUGUUGCUGCUCGAGAUUCUGUUGUUGCGCUAGGAGGACCUUCUUGGAAGGUGCGACUGGGGAGGAGAGACUCAACAACCGCAAGCAGAACCCAAGCCGACGAUGACCUUCCAUCUCCCUUCAUGGACCUUCAAGCACUCAUUGCCAAUUUCCAACGUCAGGGCCUCAACGAGAGAGACCUCGUUGCUCUCUCGGGCGGCCACAGCAUAGGCUUCUCCCAAUGCUUAUUCUUCAGAAACCGAACUUAUAACGGAACAAACAUCGACCCUGCAUUUGCACAACAGCUUAGAGCAAACUGUCCGCCCAAUGGCGGCGAUUCGAACCUCAGUCCCUUGGACCCAACACCAGCUCGUUUUGAUGGUGCAUACUACAACAACUUGCUAGGAGGACCUUCAUGGAAGGUGCGACUGGGGAGGAGAGACUCAACAACCGCAAGCAGAACCCAAGCCGAAGAUGACAUUCCAAAUCCCUUCAUGGACCUUCAAGCACUCAUUGCCAAUUUCCAACGUCAGGGCCUCAACGAGAGAGACCUCGUUGCUCUCUCGGGCGGCCACACCAUAGGCUUCUCCAAAUGCUUACUCUUCAAAAACCGAACUUACAACGGAACAAACAUCGACCCUGCAUUUGCACAACAGCUUAGAGCAAACUGUCCGCCCAAUGACGGCGAUUCGAACCUCAGUCCCUUGGACCCAACACCAGCUCGUUUUGAUGGUGCAUACUACAACAACUUGGUGAAGCAGAGGGGGCUGCUGCAGUCGGAUCAAGCGCUCUUCAGCGGCGGCUCCACCGACGCAAUUGUAAGGAGUUACAUGUCUAAUCCUGAAGCCUUCUGGGCAGAUUUUGCGAGGUCUAUGAUCACGAUGGGGAACAUUAAGCCUUUGACCGGAACUCAAGGACAGAUUCGGGAUAACUGCCGGAGGGUGAAUUGAUGAAAUUUAAAGCAACCUCGGCUUUGUGGUCUAAAAGUUCAUUGUUUAUUUUAUUUUAUUUUCUUUGAAAAUCGGUAAAUUAAUUUCAUAAGAAAGAAGUGUUGCAAAU